AUGACAUCCUCCCACCCCAACCUGGGCCUAUACUUGCAACCGCUCGCCUGCACUUCGACUAUACUCCUCGGUCUGCACGGCCUGUCGACCUCCAUCUUCUUCGUCCCAGCCCUCCUUCGACCCGUCACCUCCGUUUCCUCCAAUGGACCACCAUCAUCAAGUUCGGGCACCAAAACUCCCACCCUCAGCGUCCCACAAACGCCCAUGGAGUCGGGGAGACUGACUCCGCAGACAUCCCACAGGGCCUUCGACUUUGCGCUACAUUUGGGCAGCUCGGGCACCUACAAAGCUGUUGCGUGCCAGUUUGCGCGCCUUCACUCGCUGAGCACUGCCUACAACGUCCCCCUCGAGACCAUCGCCGUCGCCUCCUAUGGCAUGCUCGCCUAUCGUGCUCGAGGAACUGUGAUGGGAAAGAGCUGGGCGGCUGCGGGUGCCGUCUUGGUGGGUGUGGACAUUCUGAAAGCGUGGUUCAUGGCUCCUCUGGCAUUAAAGGUGCUCCGAGUUGCGGGAGAUGCAGAGCCUGUGGAGCCGUAUGAAGAUGCGCCCAUUGAUCGAGAAGCCGAGAAACGCAAUACGGUCCAGUUCUUGAGGAAGUGGAAUAUGUUGAACUUGGGAAGCAGUCUCGUGCUUCUGGGCACCGCCGCCCUUGCUUGGGGUGUGGAGACCUGGUGA